UCGACUCUUGCGUCAUCAUUCCGCGCCACGUGCAAUGCAAAUGCCAAAUGUGGAGGACAUCAAUGAAGCAUGGGAAACCUUGGAGCUUUAUUUCUUUUUCUCGCGCUUCUAACCUUGGGUCAUAUUUGGGGGGUUGCAGGUCACUCUCUGCCCGCCUGCCACGAGCUGCUGCAGUUCAGGUGCAGCGAUGGCUUGUGCAUCCCGAGACCGAGCGUGUGUGACGGACACACAGACUGUGAAGACGGAUCAGAUGAACACCACUGUGGUCACCUGUGGUGUAAAAAAGAUGAAUUUGCCUGCCGCAGCAGACGGUGCAUAUCUCCACGUUUCCUUUGCAAUGGCGUGGACGACUGUGGGGACGGGAGUGACGAGGCCUUCUGCCAGAAUUGCACCACCCCUGGCUUCUUCUCCUGCGAGCCGUCUGACACCUGUCUGCACAGAGACAAGCUGUGUGAUGGGCGAACUGACUGCAAAAACCGGCGGGACGAGUCUUGGGAGUUGUGUGGUUCGUCUCGGCUAAGCCCGCAGACGUCUCCCAAGUGUACGGCGUCUGAGUUUCAGUGUGGAGACGGGCAUUGCAUCCGCCAGACAUGGAGGUGUGACAACUCUCCAGACUGCUCUGAUGGCAGCGACGAGGACAACUGUGAUCAGAACGAGUGUGAGGUCAAUAAUGGAGGCUGCUCUCAUCUGUGUGUGGACCAGAAGAUGGGAUUCCACUGCGACUGCCCCGGCAACAUGAGGCUGGUCCGGGACAGCCACUGUGAGGAGGUCAACACGUGCCUGGAGAGCGAUGUGUGCGAUCAGCUGUGUGUUCACAUGAACGACAGCCUCGCCUGCGACUGCUACGAGGACUACCAGAUGAAUCCAACAACCAGAGAGUGCAAGGCCACAGGGAAUGAGGCUCAGCUGGUUUUCACCUCUUCUAAAGGAAUGUGUUGGAGAAGCAUCACUGGCACCGAGUACAGGGAACCGGCUGCACAUUUACCAGGACCAGGACCAGUGGCGGCCUUGGCCUCUAACCGAACACUGUACUGGGCCCAGCAAGGAAAAGGCUCCGUAUACAGGAUCUCCAUGGAUGGAAAGCUGCAUGAUUCAGUGUUGGUGCUGAAAGUUCAAGGUUCAGUGUCAGGCCUGGCUGUGGACUGGGUCCACCAUCUCCUCUACUGGACCAGUAUGGAGAGCGGUUCUGUUAACGUCGGCCUGCUAGACGGUUCGGCUCAGCGUCGGCUUAUCACCGGACUGGAUAAACCUUCUGCAGUGGCUCUGGAUCCUCUACGAGGGCUGCUCUUCUGGGCUCAGUCUGGCCGCCCCUCAAAGAUUGAGAGAGCUAGCUUGGACGGUCGGGACAGGACGGCUCUGGUCACUUCCUUAAUACUCUACCCUGUUGCGCUCUCUCUGGAUAUGCCUCGUCAGCUGCUGUACUGGGUUGACCAGGGAAUGAGAAGCAUCUCCAGAGUAAAUCUAGACGGCCGUGACCGUAAGACGGUGGUAGAGUCGAACGGAUAUUUGGAUCGGCCUUUUGGACUGGCUGUGUUUGAGGGUUUUGUAUAUUGGAGUGAAGAAGUGACACGCUCCAUCUGCAGAGCCAACAAACACAACGGUGGUGACCACCAAGUGCUGCUGUCAAACGUCAUCUCACCGGGUGGUGUGGUCAUCCUCCAACCUGCUCUCCAACCAAACGGUCCAUCUGUAUGUGGACAUACUGGGACACUGUGCCAUCACGAGUGUACUGUCGACCUGCUGUCUGAGAGUCCAGAGUUCAGCUGCACUCCUCCAGAAAAAGGACAAAACACAUCUGAAGAAAUUCCUGCCAUUUCUCGCACCGUUCCUGCAUCAACUUUAUCUGACCCGACGUCUGCUGGAAUCCUCUCUGUUAUCAUGUUUCUUAGUGUGCUGCUGGUGGGAAUGGCUCUGUGGUGGUGGCGAGAGGAGUUCAGACCAUCCAGGUCUCUCACUGAGCAGAGCAUCUCCCUUAAAGAGUCCCAGGACCCGCUCAUCAUCCAGGGGCCGCACAUGGCUCCAAACACAUGCCUUGUGAAGGCAAGAGAAGUUUGUGCACACACACAAAAAAAGCAGAUACCAGGCGCCUUCAUUCACCUUCAGAGAGGAGAUGCCAUUCAUUCAGCUGCACGAAACUCUGCUUAAGCUGGACUUGGACGGUGAAUGACGACGGUGCAACACAGAUGGCCAGCUGCCUGGUGCUGUCUCAACCCCCGCAGUGACCUCAGGGCUGACAGACAACAACAAACCUGUCGUCUUGUCCCAACUCCGUGUGCAGUUUAAGAGAAAUGACCCGGUGGUAAAUAUCAGAGUUUAGAUGAGGAACAGACUUUGGAACAGUAACUUCUGUUUUGAAGAAUUGUUACUUUCAGCUCUUGUGGUUUCAGAAUUCAUCUUUGUUAACGAUGAUGAUGUUUGCUUAUAUUCUAUUGAACAAACCUACAUCAAAUUUUUUGUGCUUUGAAUAUCAGCAAGGAUGAACUUGUAUAUUUUGCCUUAUUUUUCAAACCCUUUAUGUGAAGCAUUUUCCUCUGCGAUUUACCAGUUAUGUUACAACUGUAGAUCAGUGGAAAUGUGAUCUGUUUAGAUUAUAUCUGAAACAAUUAGUUCAUUAAUCGCUUAGUCGUUCGAAAGAAAAUGAAUGAGUGACUAUUUUGAUAAUUGAUUAUAGAUUAUUUAAGUCAAAGCAUUGAACAUUUGCUGGUUCCAUCUUCGGCAUUUGUUUUCUCUUUGUGACAGUAAACUAAAUAUAUAUUUGGGGUUCAGACUGUUGAUCAGACAACAUCAAUCAAUUGGGAGACAUUUUUCACUAUUUUUGGAGAUUUUACAGAUCAAUUGUUUAAUAGCAAAUAAUUGUUAGUUGCCGUUCUACUGUAGAUUUUUAUUUUAUUGUUGCACUUUCUCACUCAACGUUUAUUUCAUCUUAUGCAAUCAAAACUAUACUUUUGCAAUAUUAUGGAGGGUUUUUACUUUACAACAUCCAACAGAAAUAUUAUGAAUAAUGUGACAAAAAAAACUGACACAAAUCAACGGGGCGACCUCUAGCUCACCCAGAAAAGAAGAAAAAAAAUCAAGUCAACUAUAAGGUACAGAUGUCCUUCCUGUUAACACGCACACUUUUUACUGAAUACUAAACUACUGUUUUUUGGCUUCUUCAGUAAGAGGAAAUGCUGCAAAAAUCUUUGAAUGUUGGAAAAAAUGAUCUGGUGCUGCAAUGGGGAGGAGUGUGUUUUGUUUUGUGAAAUGUCUCCUGGAGGUUUGGUUUUGUGCACAGGGCCUGGUUAGUGUUGUAUGGAGUGUUUGGUUAAUUGACCUGCUUUGUUCUUUUGUGUUAUUUGAGUCUCAAAGAAAAUAUAAGUCUGUUGGACUGAUUAUAAAUCCAUCGGCAGCAAUUGAGCGAUCAUUCUGUAAGUGUGCCCCAUCUGCGGAGUUGUGUGUGUUGGUAUUUAUUUUUAAGGAUGUGUUUUAUUUAUUUUUGGGCAGCAUUACAGCCAUUUGCACCAUGGAUAAAAACUGUAAAAUGCUGUAUAUGAAUCAAAUAAAGUAAUUUUAGUUUUCCUACAUA